AUGGCAUCAUCAUACUUCUUUAAUGUUAUGAUACUAUUAUUAGUGUUUGUUCAUAAUCAUAGAAUUAGUUCAAUACCAGCAUGUAUCAUUAUUGAUACAGAUAUGAUUCAACGAUCUCAAGAUGAAAAAUCAUUAUCAAAUAAUCGUUCAUCAUCAUCAUCAUCAUUACUUUUUCGAAAUUUACGUAUGCUUGGUGAUAAACGUUCAUCAACAUUAUCUGAAUUUGUUGUUGAACCUGUACCACUUUCUUAUAUUGAUUUAAAACAAACAACAUUAUCACCAUUAAUGAAUAUUAAUCAUUCAUCAUUAAAAAAAUCUUUAACAGAUCCAAUUGUUGAACAAACAUUUUCUCCAUGUCCAAUUAAUUUACUUAAUGAAAUUGAAACACAAAUGGUUGUUCCAUUUGAAUUUCGUCGUUUACGUAUUGAACAACCUGAUCAUCGUACAAAAUUUCUUGAUGAUGAUCCACGUAAAACUGUUCCUGAUUUAUCAACAGCUGUUUAUGAAAGACGUUCAGAUCCUGAAGGACUUCGUUUUUGUCGUACUUGUCGUGAUGGUUUUUGGACUCCAUUAACUGUAUGUGAAACUGUUCGAUGCGAUGCUGAAUUAUUACGAGCCAAUCCACGUUUAGUAACGGAAUGGGGUGAAAUAAAACCAUUAGAUGGUGGUGCACUUUAUGCACCUUCAACUGUUUUUGCUAUAUAUGCAUUUGCAUUUGGACCACAUUGUAAACGAUGUGAAUCAAAUGGACAAUGGAGUCGUUAUGCCUUACCUGAACUUUGUUCUGAUAUUAAAUUUUUUGGUCAUCCAACAACAACACCAAUCAACAGUCUGACUUCAACAAAAUAUGCACAAUUAAAACAUAGUAGUACAACAUUAUCAUCGAUACAAUUAAGAAACAAAAAACAAUAA